AUGUGGCGAUCUCGUGUUACUGAAGCACCAGAGAUGAUUAUAGAGAUUAGUUUAGACUUUGAGGUUCUCUAUAUUAACCAGACAGAUCUUUUAUUUUUACCUGCAGAGGUAUUGCUUGGACGCAAUAUCUUGGAUUUUAUACCAGAACCAUUUCAGGAUAAGGUUUUAAAGGUUGCUGAAAUUAUUACUACAACUCUUAAACCGCAGUCUGUAGAAAUAGAGAUCAUCAGUCCAAAAACAGGUGAAAUACGGACUUUUUCGGCGCGAGCACGUCCGAUUCUUCAAGAUGGAGAAGUUGUAUCAUUAACCGGUGUCGCAACAGAUAUUACUGAACGUAAACAGACAGAAGAGGCGUUACAACGGGCAAAGUAUGAGGCAGAUCAAGCCAACCGCCUUAAAACAGAAUUUUUAGCCAACAUGAGUCAUGAAAUUCGAACUCCAUUGAAUGUUAUUCUUGGGUAUACGUCAUUAGUAGAACAAUAUACACAACAAUAUUUAUCAAAGGAACGAAUUGCUUAUUUUGAACAUAUUCGUCAUGCCUCAAGGCGUCUUCUGGAUACGAUACAGAAAAUUAUUGAUAUAUCACGGUUUCAUAUUGAAGAUUUUCCCUUUGAAAAACAGCCAAUUUGUUUAAAUCAGGCGUUGAGUGAAUGUGUUGAUGAGCUGCAGGUUUUGGCAGAUCAAAAAAACUUAACAUUAGAAUAUGAAAAGUUAGAGCAAGAUUUAUGGGUUCAAUUUGAUCCGUAUGCAUUGCCUCAGGUGUUAACUAAUGUUAUUGAGAACGCUAUUAAAUAUACAGACUCUGGAUUUAUUUCUAUCAAAUUAGCUGCGACGUCGAAUCAGGUAAAUUUGAAUGUUACUGAUACAGGUAUAGGUAUUAGUGAUACUUAUUUACCACAUAUUUUUGACGAGUUUUCACAAGAAGAAGUCGGUUAUGGUCGUGCAUAUGAGGGGACCGGCCUUGGCAUGGCUUUAGUAAAAAAGUUUAUUGAUUUAGGUAAUGGUGAACUUCGUAUUCGUAGUGAGAAAGGUACUGGUACAACAGUUACCAUUAACUUACCACGAUAUAUUCCAGAUGCUAUAGUGGAACAAACUGUUCAGCCUGUAAUACCUCAAGAUCAAGAAGAAGAAAAAAUAGUUGACCGUCCAACGAUUUUAGUUGUAGAAGAUGAUCUUUCAACACAGGAAUUUAUGCAGACAGUAUUACAAGAUCAAUGUAAUGUUUUGAUAGCAGAUAGUCGGUCAGAGGUUGAAGCUGUUUUAGCAAGAGAGUGCCCGGAACUUAUUUUUUUAGAUUUAUCAUUACGUGAAGGGGAAGAUGGUGCUGAACUUGUUCGUCGUUUACGUCAGCAGGACGACUUGAGGACACUUCCUAUUAUUGCUCUUAGUGCUCAUGCAAUGGAUAUUGAUCGUGAGCGUGCUCUUGCAGCGGGUUGUGAUGAUUAUCUUGUCAAGCCAUGUUCAUUAGAUAAAUUGUUGUCAAUGAUUAGACAAUAUACGUAA